AUGCUGCAAUAUAUUACAUUGUGGACCACUAUAGUGUUAUUCUAUGUUGAAAAUGGACAGACUCAGAUAUUGACGUAUGAUGUUCGGUUGAAUAAUCUUCUUCAUAUGCAGCAAGGCAUUGGAUGGCCGUUACAUUUGUAUGUGGCCGAAGGACACGACGCUUUGAUACGUCUCUCUGAGAAAGUAGAGAACCAGCAAAGCUGUGAAAUUACGACUCCUUCAGGAAUAACGUUUAAUAACCGCAACCCACCGAACAAUAGGUUUUCUGCAUGGAGUGAUGGCUGCGGUGUGAGAAUCCACAAUAUUUUGCUCAGGGACACGGGACGAUGGCGUAUGACAGCUACCGGUGGAAACCACUCCAUCGUCGGUUGGUCUGAGAUCCAUGUGGCAGACAGAGUAACGAGUGAUGUGGAGGAACCUAUAUUAUUGAAAGAUGGGAGCACUAACACAUUAGUGGAACUUUCGUCUUUAAACAACUCGUAUUGUUUUGUAACUCAGCCGUUCUCGGAGAGUUCCUUAGUCCCGGGUCAGUGUAAGGUUACCCUGGAUCGCACCAGUAGGGCUGUGCAAGGAAGGUGGAGCGUGGUGCUUGGUAUUCCCGGGCGAAUCACCGAGUUACAUGUUGAUAGGUCCGUCUCCGUGGAAGGGGAGCGGCUCGACGUAGGUUUCGUUCGAGAUGCUGACAAUCACAUUCAUAUGUAUUGCAACAUUCUGCACACGGAGAAGAAUAUAACUUUUUGUCGUUUCCAAAAAACUACAGAAACUUCUGGUCUUAAUGUAAUGGAUGGUCUAAGUGAUGGUCGGUACAGCUACUACGGUGAUGGUUUCUUCAAAAAACACUGUGGCCUAACGAUAGAAUCUGCAACUUCGACUGAUUACGGCACUUGGAGGUGCACGAUUGGAGUACAAGAGAGGGUUGACAAUGUCAUCCAUCAAAGGACACCUAUGCAAGCUCUUAUUACCGUCUCUGAGCAAGAAGCUCCAAGGAUAAGGCGACAGCUCACACGGGACAGUUCAGGUGCUGAGGAAGAAACGCGGACAGUGUUCGUAGAGGACAACACGAGUUUAACGUUAAUGUGUCGAGCAGACGCUUCUCUCCAGUAUUGUUGGUUUCAGCAUCCUAAUGGUUCUCAAUACACACCCGUGGAGCGACAGGUUCAGGGUGAACAGCCAUUUUGGUAUACAGGAGAAAAUCUGCAAUCUGGCGAUUGCGGGAUCACGUUCGCUCAUGUGUCUCAAAAUGAUUCUGGAAUAUGGACUUGCCAUAUGGGUUACAAAUACCAAAUAGGUGUUGAGGUAACGCAAGACGUGGAAGUACGAGUGACUGGCUCUUUAGCUGCUAAUAAACAAGAAGUUCGAUCUGAAAUAGGUGGCACUGCCAUCCUAUAUUGUCAUACCUCAAACGGACCCAGGCCACUAGAUUAUUGCAGAUUUUUGUCACCCACUUUUAUUGGCAUAAGUCUCGAUGCCUCAGUAACCGCUGAUAAUGCCAUUCUAAAUCGUUAUUAUUUCACACCUGGGAGAGAACUAAGUCACGGCGACUGCUCUCUUACUAUUGACCCUGUUACUGCUGAUGACUUGGGUCACUGGUUCUGCGCAGCUCUUUUACACGAUAAAGUUGUGGAGUCGAAAGAUACUAUUUAUCUUUACCAAGUCAAGCAUCGAAUGCCAGCUCUGCAAGCAAGUUUGAUUGGAACAUCAGUUGGUAUAAUAUUCCUAGGCAUGGUGUUUGUUGGUGUGCUAUGGUACAAGAAGGGGUGGCGUAUGCCAUGGCCGACCUCACUGAAAAGGUUCAGCCACCGUACUGACACUGAAUCCAUGAAUAUUGGUGGAGUCUCAGGCAAUACAAGUGCAGGACGAAGAGGCAGCAACAGUACGACCAGUAGCAACGAACUAGACGUACAACCAUAA